AUGUUGCGCUUGGGUCCGUAUCCGCCUCCUCUGAUUGAGAUUUCGGACCCAGAGGAACUUUGGACAGAAAAGGCGGAUGCCGUUCCAGUACUGGCCAAAGAACUUGACGUCACGGGAGUUGCAUUCCCUGACCUCGUGGAAGUCUGUGAGGCCAAGGUUGGCUCAGUGCAGGAGCACAUUAAUGCGGUGUUAGGCUUCAACACUUGCCGCAAGCUACAGGCUCAAGCCGAAGGAAUCUUCUCGGAGGAAAUGGAACAGCGUGAGGAGCUGCGUGAACGCGCCGGAGAAGCGCUGCGGGCCGCGGCGGCCCGCCGAGCCGAGGAAAAGUACGUCCACGUUGCUCCGCGGUCGGUGCCCUCUGCAUCUGUGACGACGGGGACCCCUUCGUCCUCGCCGUCGGAAGUGGGGAGCGGUGAGGAAGAGGCCUGGGAUGAGCGACGCCGAGUACGACGUGAGGUCCCAGAGGACUCAUGGAAGGAGGACUGGCCGCCCCUGAGCGCCCCACCGGGGCACUUCGAACCCGUUCAUCCGGCGAAGGCCCAGGCACAGGCAGAGUAUUUCCAGGAGCAGCAGAUGUAUGACGCGAGGUAUGACCAGUACCUGGAACUACAGCGUUAUCAUCAGGUACUGGAGAAGCAACAGCGAGACUUGCAGCGCUUGUUGCAGGCUUAUGCAGCAGCUGGAGUUUCAGAUCAAACUGCCCUGAUGUCGCAGUAUCAGUUGAAUCAGCUUGCGCUGAACGAGCAACGUGCACAGGUGUUGAGCCGGUACUAUUUGGAGUCUGCUUCGGCGGCGUCGGCAGCAGCAUAUACACCAAGCGCCCCCGUCUGGCCCAGGCAGUGGGAGAAGCCGUGCAGUUUCGUCGAUGGGAAGGUCUUAGGCACAACACCCAGCACGGCACCUGCGUUUAGCUGA